AUGCCCCAGGAAACACAGCAACCACAGCAGCAAAGACGCAAGUUCGAGGGCCCCAAGAGGGAGGCAAUCCUUGACUUGGCCAAGUACAAAGAUACCAAGGUCCGCGUGAAGCUUAUGGGCGGGAGGCUGGUAACAGGCGUGCUGAAAGGUUACGAUCAACUGAUGAACCUGGUGCUGGACGAGACUCUGGAGUAUAUGCGCGACCCCGAAGAUUCGUCUGUUAUUCUGAAAGAUAAGACGAGAAGUCUGGGACUGAUUGUCAUCAGAGGCACUGUCCUGCUGUCGCUCAGCCCAUGCGACGGAUCCGAGGUUAUCUACGUCCAGGAAAGUAACUGA